AUGACCAUCUCCCAAGAUCCUGGCGACAGAGACCUGCAUGAUCUGCGUCCAAAGGUGAUCAUCCAGCCACUCCACAACAGUAUCCCUCCGGAAUUGCUACCUCGAUUCGACCCAGUCUACGUGGAACACUACAACAAGUAUAAUGCCGGCCGUCUACACACCCACGAGGUGCCCAUUGAGGAAUUUCGCAAGAAUCCCGCCAAGUACCUCACAGUCUACGGCCGUCGCGAGGGCCCCGAUGUCUUCCGCAUCACCGAGCAGAAAUGUCCUGUGAAGGGAGGCGAGAUCAAGAUCCGCAUCUUUGAGCCGGCUCUGGCGCUUGAUGACCACGGGCAGCCGAAGAAGAGAGCCGCGUAUGUCAACUUCCAUGGCGGGGGAUGGGUGUUUGGAGACCUGUCGAGCGACCAUGACUUCUGCAAACGACUUGUGCAUGAUCUCGACGGCAGUCUGGUUGCCUUUGACGUGGAUUAUCGACUAGCUCCCGAGAACAAAUAUCCCAUCCCAGUGGAUGAUUGCUGGGCGGCGUUCAAGUGGAUCCGAUCGCAAAAAACCGAAGAGUUCCAUAUCGACCCGGACCGUAUGGCUGUGGGUGGCGCCUCUGCAGGAGGCCAUCUAUCCGCCGUGGUAGCCCAUCUCUGCCGCGAUGCCAACAUUCCACUGCGCUUGCAGGUUCUCAACGUCCCCGCCUGCGACCUGCAUAGUAUGUUCACCCCAGAGGGAGAAUUCGACCGGGAAAACUGUCCGUAUGAGUCGUACCGAGAGAUGGAGUUCACGGCGGCACUCCCAGCGGCACGCAUGGCGUAUUUCCAUCGACACUUUCUGGGCGUGCCGCGACCUGCGAGAUCGGAGGAGGACUGGAAGAUAUCCCCGAUCCUUGCGCCCAUAUUCGAGGGGUUGGCGCCGGCUUUGGUGAUUACUGCGGAGAUGGACACUCUGCGCGACGAAGGCGAGGCGUAUGCGGCGAAACUGAGGGCCGCAGGAUGUCGGGUGGAAAGUAAGCGGAUGGCCGGGGCUCCGCAUACGUUCUCACACUUGGACGGGAUUUUGAAGACUGGUGAAGAGUACAACCAGAUGGUGGUGGCUGGGCUGCGGAGGGAGCUGUUGAGUUAG